GUUCUUCUGGUCAGGCAGUGCAAAGAAAACUUCUCUCACUUUCCAUGCAAGCAGCAAGCUAUAAGGGAGCAGUCAUUUUGGAGUAAAGAACAUGUCAUCUUUAAGCGGCAGAAUACAGACCGUUUUAGGGCUCAUCCCCCCAGAUCAGCUUGGAUACACCAUGACUCACGAACACUUGACAAUGACUUUUGAAUGCUGCUAUUGUCCACCACCUGCACAUCAAGCCAACUUGUCCGAUGGACCCAUCAUUAUGAAGAACCUGUUCUGGCUAAAGCAAAAUCCAUACAGCAAUAAGGAGAACCUUCUCCUGAAUCAGGAAGUGGAUGCAAUAAAAGAAGAGCUCAUUGCCUUUAAGGCCGCCAGUGGAGGCUGUAUAGUGGAAAACACCACUACUGGAAUCAGCAGAGACGUAAAGACCCUUAAAAUGCUUGCGCAGGAGACUGGUGUCCACAUUAUCUCGGGGGCUGGAUUCUACGUGGAUGCAACUCAUAGUCCUGGGACUCGGUCAAAGUCUGUUGAGCAGCUGACUGAGGUUUUAGUUGAUGAAGUUCUCCAAGGAGCAGAUGGGACAGAUAUAAAAUGUGGAAUAAUCGGAGAGAUUGGAUGCUCAUGGCCACUAACUGACAGUGAAAAGAGAAUUCUUCAGGCGACGGCUGAGGCUCAGACACAGCUUGGAUGUCCUGUGAAUAUUCAUCCUGGCAGAAACAGCGAGGCUCCCUUCCAGAUUGUGCGCAUUCUACAGGAGGCAGGGGCUGAUAUCUCCAAGACUGUGAUGUCUCAUCUUGAUAGGACUAUAUUUGAUGAGAAGACGCUGCUGGAGUUUGCCGCACUGGGGUCGUACCUGGAAUAUGAUUUGUUCGGAACAGAAAUGCUGAACUAUCAGUUUAAUACAGCCGUGGAUAUGCCCAGCGACAAUGACAGGAUCAGAACGAUCAGCUCCUUGGUCAAUGAAGGCUAUGACGAAAGGAUUGUUAUCUCUCAUGAUAUACAUACCAAAAACAGGCUGGUAAAAUAUGGAGGACACGGAUACUCACACAUUCUCAACAAUAUUGUACCCAAAAUGCUUUUGAGAGGCAUAUCCCAGCAAAGCAUCGAUAAAAUAUUGUUAGAGAACCCCAAAAAGUGGCUGACAUUUAAGUAAAGGCUCAUGAUUGGGAGAAUUUAUAGGUUUUUUAGAUAUUCCAAAAAUAUUUCUAAAAAGCUCUUCACUUACAUUUAUAAUUACCAAAGUGAUUCAUUCCUAUGGCAGAAUAGGAAGAAGUGUAGCUUGAGUACCGUCAAGCUCCCUGGCUCAUCCCUACCUCCUUUAAGAUAUGUUUUCCACCGACCGUAAGUCAUCUGCAAAGGGGUUGCCAAGUAGAUGCUACCUGACAAUGGCUCUAGCUGUUCGACAGUUUAAUCCUAGUAAGCAGUCAGUCUCAAAUGAGUAGCAUCAUGCUGGGCUGGUAUUUUGGUGGCCUAGGCAGACUAGGCAAUCUGUGCCGCUAAAUGUACUCUGUAGUUCAGUAACACCAAUUCAAUUUCUAUUUGACAGCCUGCCACAUGUUCCGUUCGGCAGGUCCUUUUGGCAUGUCCCACACAUUGUUGUACCAUUAAAGGGGUUGUCCCAUGAAAUAUAUUCUAUAUUCUUCAAACCAGGACCUAGAUCUGAAUACUUUUAUAAUUGUACGUAAUUCAAAAUUUAGUAAAGCCACUGACUUAUUCAAUAUAAUGCAUAUGUGUAGCGCAAACUGUUGUUCAUUAUUUUCCUUAUUUCUCGGUCCACCUGGUUGAGGCGGUCACACAUGCUCAGUGCUAUCCUUUAACUGCCACCAGCUUUAUCUAUUGUUAAAAGCCGAGACACUAACAGAGAGAGAGAGCUGCUGCAGAAAGGACAUGCUGUCUGAGCUGUGAUGGGGAGUGAGCUUUAGCACAAAGGACAUGCUCCUGAGCUGUGACAGGGAGAGUUAUGCAGCAGAAAGGACACCCCCGAGCUCUGAUGGGGAGAGAGCUGCAGCAGAAAGAACACACCUGCUGAGAAAGGACAUGCCCUCUUAGCUGCUAGCUCGAAAUAAAGUUAGCAAAGCAAUUAGAGGAAUAAUUGUGGAGAUCUCUGGACCCAUGUCAGGUACAGGGCUGGUUCUAGCUUUUUUUUAGAAAGAGUUUGUCAUGUACUAUAUGAUGUCUGAUUUUCAUCUCUCACAUUAAUCAUGGGAUAACCCCUUUUAAAGGAAAGUGUAGCCUGUUGUGUUUUCCUGUACAGUUGAUCAACUUAUUGAUGAGAUAUAUCUGUGGUGUACAGUCAUGGCCAAAAGUUUUGAGACUGACACUAAUUUUGGUUUUCACAAAAUUUGCUUGUAGCUUCAGGUUUUAUGGUGGCAAUUUGUAUUAAAAACUAUGUAUACCUUUGGGCGCAAUUUUUUAUGAUUGUAUUUUACUCAUUUGGGGCUAAAAAUAAUUUUUUUGCAAUUGGUCUUUAUUAAAAAUAUUUAGCUAUUCUGUCACAAAAGGUUAACUGUU